AUGUCGAAAACGGUCAGCAUCUUGUCGCCUUCGCAGCUCACCGGGCUGCUACAAAGCUCCAAGCUCGUGGUGGCAGACUUCUACGCCGACUGGUGUGCCCCCUGCAAACAAGUCGCUCCUGUGUUCGAACAGCUCUCGGCCGCUCUGUCACGCCCAAACCUUGUGACCUUUGUCAAGAUCGAUACCGACCAGCAAAAAGAGGUCGCACAGGCCUACCGAGUUACCUCUCUACCCACCUUCAUCAUCUUCCGCAAUGGCAAGGUCGCCGACAAAGUCCAGGGCGCUGAUCCCAUGAAGCUCCAGUCAGUGGUCAAAAAACUUAGUGAGGAAGUCCAAAACAUGGGCAGCGGGGACGGUGAGGCGAGCGGCAGCGGGAGCGGCAGCGGCGGCAGCAACUGGCGGGGUGCCGGGCUACCCCGCGGCUACACCGACAUCACGAGCCAAAUCGAGCUGCGGUACUGUGAGCUGCUCAACGUCGACCCGGAUGCCGGGGGCGUGCGGGUGCUGUUUGACACGGCUAAGCCCAGCGCGCUGUCGGGAGGGAAAAGCGCGACCAAAGACUGGGUCGAGAGCGACACAGACGAGCAGUUGUUGCUCUUCAUGCCCUUCCAGGCGAUGCUCAAGCUGCACACACUUCAGAUUACAUCACUACCGCCCAGCGACGACGAUGACGAAGAAGAUGCCCCCCUGAGGCCGCGAACCAUCAAGCUGUUCACCAAUAAGCCGCACAACCUGGGAUUUGACGAGGCAGAGGAUCUGAGUGCGACCCAAGAAUUUGAGCUCUCUGAGGAGGACUGGAACGACGAGGGUACCGCAAACAUUCCCCUGAGGUUUGUCAAGUUCCAGAACAUCACGAGCCUGGUGCUGUUCGUUGUGAACGGUGAUGGCGAUGGCGAAAAGACUAGGGUGGACCGGCUGCGGCUUAUUGGAGAGACCGGGGAGAAGAGAGAGAUGGGCAAGCUCGAGAAGAUCGGCGAUGAGCCGGGCGAGUAG